AUGAGACACAAGUUCAUGUCCAAACCACCCCCCAGCGCGGGGGGCGAGGAGCCCGCCAACCCUGCUGACCCCGCCGACCCCGGCCCCUGCUACCUUCCCCUGGACGAGGUCUUCGGGGGGAUCGGGAACGAGAAGCACACCAUGAGGCAGCUGAACAGCCGGCUCACCGCCUACGUGCAGCAGGUCAAGAAGCUCAGCGGGGCCAACCGCAGGCUGGAGAUGAAGAUUCAGCAGACUCAGCUGAGCAGCGGCCUGGAGGAGGAGGAUUUUGAGCACUACUACUCCAUCAUCGAAAACCUCCACAAAGAGUUCCUGGCCAGCACCAUGGCCAACGCUCGUAUUGCUCUUGAGAUUGAAAGUCAGGCUUUCGCCCUUGAAGACUUCAAAAACAAAUAUCGCGCAGAGCACAAGCUUCGCCAGGAAACGCAGGCUGAUAUCGCCCAGAUGAAGAGGUUUAUAGACGACAACACUGUCAAAUACCUCAACCUAGAGAGCGAAGUGGAGCGACUGACCAAAGAAAUCAUAACCCUCAAGAAGACGCAUAAAGAGGAGCGCGCAAGAAUCCGUGCUGAAAUCAACGAGUCGAUGGUGGAGGUGAAAGUGGACGGCCCGACGCAGCCGGACCUGGAGGAGAUCAUGGAUGAGAUGAGGGCUAAAUAUGAAAAAAUAAUCCAGAGGAACACGGACGAGAUCCGACGCUGGUACCAAAGCCAGCUCUCAGAGAUGCAGCAGCAGAUGUCACUGAGCCUCAAGGCCCAGAAGGAAGCCAAAGUGGAGCUGAAGGAACAGCACAGGAAGGAGCAGACCAUGCAGGUGCAGCUGCACUCCUGCAGGGGUCAGAUUUGCGCCCUGGAGAGCUCUCUGGUUAAAGCGCAGCGGCAGAGCAACGAGGAGAUGGAGAGCUGCAACAAGGAGAUCGUGCAGCUGGAGGAGGCGCUGGCCUCCGUGAGGGACAAGGCCCGGGAUCAGCAGGAGCGCUACAGGGCACUGCUGCACCUCAAGAUCAAGCUGGAGGAAGAGAUCGAGAACUACAGGAGGAUUCUGGGAGAGGACCUCUUCACGGACCAACAACCACCUGAAAGGACAGAGAAGCAAAGAGAAGAGUGGGAGAGAAGAGAGAGAAAGAUAGAAAGAGGAGAGACAGAGAUAAUAAGGAGAGCAGAGCUGGAAAAACAAAUCAUCGUAGAGAAGAAAUUGCUUAAAAUUGUAAAGGAAUUUGUUGGGGGAAAACUGGUAAACCAAAGACAGGAGAUUGAGCAGUUGGACUCCACUGUGGAAUCUGAGGAUGUGAAUGAAGUCCUCAGCUAA